ACUUCCCUUCAGACACACCCACCAAACCACAGCAGCACAGCAGCAGUAGCAGCACAAUAUGGAGAUGCUCUCAUCUUCGUCGGCGCUGCCGUCAUCGCCACUGACCAGGAGCUCGCCUGCAGGCCGUACGUCGGGUGCCCGCCUUGAUCCGCUGGCCUUCGACGCCUCGAUCCCCAGUGAUGGCAGCAUGCCCACGAAUAAUUACAACACCAACAACGGUCAAGGCCACACGGGGGGACCCGAUGGUGGACAAACCACCGAUAGGGAUGCAGAUGACGGAGCACCAGCUUCGAGGAACGCCAGACCACGGAAGCCAAUCAACAUCGAGGAGAUUGCCCCUGUCGUUGACGAGACGGGCGAGCGUGUGCGCGAGCAUUUCGUCCAAUUCCUCACAAACUAUGUCGAAGAGCCCCUCUCCGGCUCACCAGACCCAGAUGGCGACGGGUACUCGACUGAGCGCCCUUACGUAGCCCAGAUUAGCGCCCUCUCCGAGUUCCAGCGGACUACGCUCUUCGUCGACUUUACCCAUCUGCUCCGGUAUCAGUCGCUGCUCGCCGAGGCCGUCAGUCAGCAGUACUACCGCUUUCUGCCUUACCUCCGACGUGCCGUCGCCGACCUCGUUGCCGAAGUCAGCCCCGAGUAUCUCUACAUCAACGCACACGCCGCCUCGACGGCCUCCUCGGGUCUCAAGCCUCGCGACUUUGGCGUCUCUUUCUACAAUCUCGCGCUCGUUUCCGGCAUCCGCGACUUGCGCACCGACAGCAUCGGUCGUCUGACGUCGAUCAGCGGUACAGUCACGCGCACGUCCGAGGUCAGGCCCGAGCUCAUCUACGGCGCCUUCAAGUGCCAGGAGUGCGGCAACGUGGUGCGCGACGUCGAGCAGCAGUUCAAGUACACGGUCCCGACCAUGUGCCACAAUCCGACGUGCCAGAACACGAAGAACUGGCAGCUCAACACCGAUCAGAGUCGCUUUGCUGACUGGCAAAAGGUCAGGAUCCAGGAGAAUGCCAACGAGAUUCCCACGGGCAGCAUGCCUCGCAGCCUCGACGUCAUUCUCCGCUCCGAGAUCGUUGAGAGGGCCAAGGCUGGCGACAAGUGCGUCUUCACCGGCACCUUUAUCGUGGUGCCCGAUGUGUCGCAGCUUGGCGUUCCGGGUGUCAACGCUCAGAUCCAGCGAGACGCUGCGGGCGGCCGCGCUCCCGAAGGCAUCAGCCAACAGGGUGUCACGGGUCUUGCUUCGCUCGGCGUUCGCGACCUGACCUACAAGACGGCCUUUUUGGCCUGCAUGGUGCAGAGCGGCGAGGACCGCAAGGGCGGCAACGUGCGCGAUGAAGGCGAGGCCGAAGACCCCGAGACGCUCAUGAAUGCUCUGACGGAGGAGGAGCGCGAUGAGCUCGAAGCCAUGGUUUCUACCGAUGACAUCUAUUCGCGCCUCGUCCACAGCAUUGCGCCCACUGUGUAUGGCCACGACAUUGUCAAAAAGGGCAUCCUGCUCCAGCUCAUGGGUGGCGUGCACAAGCAGACGCGCGAGGGCAUCCACCUCCGUGGCGACAUCAACAUUUGCAUUGUUGGCGAUCCCAGUACCAGCAAAUCGCAGUUCCUCAAAUAUGUCUGCGGCUUUCUGCCACGAGCUGUGUACACAUCGGGCAAGGCUUCCUCGGCAGCCGGUCUGACGGCAGCCGUGGUGCGAGACGAGGAGACGGGCGAGUUCACAAUCGAGGCUGGUGCCCUGAUGCUGGCCGACAACGGCAUCUGCGCCAUUGACGAGUUUGACAAGAUGGACGUUAGCGACCAAGUGGCCAUCCACGAGGCCAUGGAGCAGCAGACGAUCUCGAUUGCCAAAGCCGGUCUUCAGGCCACUCUCAAUGCCCGGACCUCAAUCCUGGCGGCGGCCAACCCAGUAGGAGGGCGAUACAACCGCAAGAUGACGCUGCGAGCUAACGUAGCCAUGUCGGCGCCCAUCAUGUCGAGGUUCGACCUCUUCUUUGUCGUUCUCGACGAAUGCAACGAGAAUGUCGACAUGAACAUUGCGCAGCACAUUAUCAACGUCCACCGCUUCAAGGACAGUGCCAUUGCACCAGAGUUCAGCACAGAGGCCAUCCAGCGCUACAUUCGCUAUGCGCGAACCUUCCAGCCCAAACUGACGCCCGAGGCCAGCGACGUGCUCGUCGAAAAGUACAGGCAGCUGAGAGAGGACGAUGCGGGCGCAGGCGGCAAGAACUCAUACAGGAUCACAGUUCGGCAGCUGGAGAGCAUGAUUCGGCUCUCAGAAGCGAUUGCGCGAGCGAAUUGCAGGCAGGAGAUUACGCCUGCAUUUGUCAGAGAAGCAUUCUCGCUCCUCAGGCAGUCGAUCAUCCACGUCGAGAAGGACGACAUCAACUUUGAGGAUGAGGAAGAGGAUGACGACACGCUGCUCAGAGAGCGGGAGCAGCAACAACGACAGCAGCAGCAGGCUUCCUCGAUGGAGGAGUCGAUGGAUGCGGACAUGUCGAGCGCAGCUGCGACCCUUGCGGACCCAGCGACUGCAGCAUCAGCUCCUACCACGGCCGCCGCUGCCGCUGAGACCUCCGCAGCGCCGUCAUCACGACGGAGGCUGAAGAUCACCCACGAUCGCUACAUUGAGAUGCUGAACCUGUUGGUGAUGCGCGUCAAUGAGAUGGAGAAGGCGACGGGAUCCGGUAUCAACAGGCGCGACCUCAUCCAAUGGUACCUCGAGCAGCGUGAGAGCGAAAUCGAGACUUUGGAACAGCUCGAGGAGGAGAGGGAACUGGCGGCCAAGGUCGUCGUCAAGCUCAUCAAAGAUCAAUACUUUAUUGAGCUCAGAAAUGACGAGGACGAGACACAGCCGGAUGGCGAUGAGGAAGAUUUGACGGCCUCGCAGGAGCCCAUUCUCAUGGUUCACCCCAAGGUCGACCUCGACAAUCUCGGCAGCUCAUUGGAGUAGACCACUCUCUUGUCGUUUCUUAUCUUUUACCCGUCUUUGCUCUCGCUCUAUUAUUGUAUUGUUCCGUCUUGUUCUCUCAUCGUAUUGCGGCAUGCCGUGCGUGCUACUUUUGCUGUCUCUUGACGCCGAGAAGGAGUGUUGGAUGU